UGCGCACCUACCCGGCUAUCCCCUCACCUGAGUCGCCUCGCGCAAUUGGUGCGGACUGCGGAGCAAUCCCCGAAUCCUCCAUUGAUUAGGCCCAAGCUUCCUCCUCGGGUGGCGGCGGCGGCGGUUGCAGCUGCUGGAGAUGGCCUUGGCGAGGGCGGCUGCGCUGCCGCUGCUCUUGCUCCCCUUCCUCGCCGUCACGACCUGCCUCGACGUUCCUUCCCAUGGGUGCUAUUGGACUGGUUGCCAAAGCAAAUGGUUUGGAGUCUGUGCUGCUCGCCACUUCUUGGAUUCUCAGUCAGAUGAUUGUGACGGUCUUUGUGUGGAGUCAAAAAGCCCUCCAUGCCUUCCACUGCACACACAUUUCUAUUGUUGCAAACCAGGAACCCCAAAGGUAACAAAUAAGUGUGGGCACUGCAAGAGCAAGCUGGAUUUUGGCAAAGAGUUUAUAUGCUGCUCAGAUUGCUCUGAUCCAACCAUUAUGGACAAGAAUAGCAAACUGGGUUACUGCAAAAGUGGCGCCGACUUAACAAUGCAAUUAAAACUACAAGAAACUUUUCGCUGGGUUGCUGGCCCAUGGAUGACAUGCUCCUCUCCAUGUGAUGGUGGUAUUCGAUAUCGUGAUGUUGCUUGUUAUGGAAAUCUGGACGAUGACACAAUCAAACACUACCCUGUAGAUGAUGCUAGCUGUUCAGCAGACAAAAUGCCUGCAAGACAGGAGGCCUGUAAUCAGCAGAGCUGUAGUGAUCCUGAGAUGACACAGUCAGUGAAUCCUAAGGAAAGUGGAAUGUCUGGUUGGUUGGUAGUAUUGGUUGUUAUCCUAGGUCUCAGUGCAGCUGCUGGCAUUGCAUUUACCAGCUACACUUACUACGUGAGGAGAACCUCUGGGACGAGUGGUUUUGUUUAUGUCAUGAUGGAAGCUUAUUCUUGAGGAUUGAGAGGAACGAUUUCCUGUAAGUCUGUGAGCGACUGUAGAAAAUCUCUGGAGUUGGAGACAACCAGCUUGUUCAUUCUUUGGACUUUGGUUUGCUGUUUUGGUCGUCAGAAAUGGUUGUCGUCUAUUUCCGCUGAUUCAUGUGCCGACGAGGAACUAUCCCGGGUAUAGCCUGGGAGUCUAGACAAAACAACUGAGUGUUUCUAUGGUACUUGUUAGCUGCAACUUUUCUUCGAGGGCAAUUGAAGUUUUGUCUAGGAUAGAUUCAUGCAUUUGAUAGAGGUGUCUCCGAUCAUACCCCGUUGCUUCUUGAUACUAAAUCUCCUGCCUUUGUCGGAUGCAAUAGGCUAUUCAAAUUUGAACUAUGUUGGCUACAAAGGGAAGGCUUUCAUGACCAUGUCAAAGAGAUUCGGUCAUGUUCAAAUAAGGGCAAGAACUUGGUUC